AUGGCUUUCUUUUUACGGCGCCCGUUCGCUGUGUCAUCGGCUCUUCGCCAGCUUCCCAAGGCUUCGAACACCGCUCGAUUCAUCCACAACUCCCCUCUCAAGCCCCAGGCACCCAAGGUCCAGGGAGCUUCGGCCUCGAUCUUCGCCAAGUCUCGUUCGUCCUUCCAAAAUGCAUUCCGCCGUACCUACAUGCAGCAGAGCUCCAGCACUGCUCAGGGCGGCAACAUGACCCAGAAAAUGGUGUAUGGCGCCGCCAUUGUCGGCGGUACCAUCUUGGCCACCAACUUCAUCUUUAACCGUGAGACGCGAGAGGAUGGCGGCAUGCCCGCUUAUGAGCGUAGCUUCCUGAACGAAACCUUCAUGCACACUGGCCUCGGUAUUGGUAUCAUUGGUGUUGCUGCGCGUGCUCUUCAUAUGAGCGGCUGGUCUUAUCGUCUCAUGGCUAUGAACCCUUGGCUCGUCAUGGGUGUCGGUCUCGUCGGCAGCAUCGGCUCCAUGUACGGAACUUUCUACACCUCUCCUGAUAACUACGUUGUGAAGUAUGGCUGCUGGACUCUGUUCAACCUCACCCAGGCUGCUCUUCUGUCCCCGCUCAUGUUCAUGCACCCCGCCAUCCUCGCCCGUGCUGGUCUCUACACCGUUGGUAUGAUGGGCUCCAUCGCUUUUGUUGGUGCCACCGCCAAGCAGGAGAAGUACCUGUACCUCGGUGGUCCUCUUCUUGCUGGUGUUGCCAUCGUUGCUCUUUCCGGUCUCGCCCCCAUGGUUCUCCCCGCUACUGCUGCUCGCACUCUGAUGUGGUCUGAGCGCCUCUGGCUUUACGGUGGUCUUGCUGUCUUCGGUGGCUUCACCCUGUAUGAUGUUCAGAAGAUUCUGCGCCACGCUCGUCUUGCUGAGCGCGGCGUGAUCAAGCGCGAUGUUGUCAAUGAGUCUGUCAGCCUUGAGUUGGACUUCAUUAACAUCUUCGUUCGCAUGGUCCAGAUUCUCGGCAUGCGCAACAACAGCCGUCGCUAA